CCAAAGUGAGCGUGUUUUGACUUUGUGGAUUACUUCACGUGGAUUUACAUGCAAAGUUAUUUAUUUACGAAAUGAUAACGAGGGCAUAUUAUGGCCGGCUUUGUGCGGAAAUGCCCUUGUCUUAAACCUCAGAUCGAAGAAGACGUGCGGGUUCUCGACUACCGUCACUGCAGUCUGACUGAUGUGCCGGGAGAAGUGUUCAACUUCGAGCGGACGCUAGAAGAACUUUACGCUGAUUCCAAUCAAAUAAGAGAUCUACCCAGGGAACUGUUUUACUGCCAUGGGUUGAGGAAGCUGAGCAUCAGCGACAAUGAGAUCAAGACGAUCCCGCCAGCCAUCUCCAGUCUCAUCAGUCUCGAGGAACUCGACUUCAGCAAAAAUGGAAUCAUUGAUGUGCCUGACAGCAUCAAAUCCUGCAAGUACCUCAGUGUUAUUGAGGCCAGUGUCAACCCACUGGGAAAGUUGCCAGAGGGUUUCACCCAGCUGCAGAAUUUAUCUCAACUUUUUCUUAAUGACACAUUUAUAGAUUACCUGCCAGGCAGUUUCGGAAGAUUGGUUCAUCUGAAGAUCUUGGAGAUUCGUGAGAAUCAUUUGAAAACUUUGCCUCGGUCGUUCGGUCGUCUCACCGCUCUUGAGCGACUUGACAUUGGCAACAAUGAAUUCACCGAGCUGCCUGAUGUUAUUGGAUCCCUUACCAGCCUUUUGGAGCUGUGGUGUGAUAAGAAUCAGAUGACCAAAUUUACAUCAAACUUUGGGAACUUGAAACAGCUCAUGUUUCUUGAUGCUUCCAACAACAAUCUGGAAAGCUUGCCAGAAGAAAUAGAUGGCUGCAAUUCUCUGGCCGAUAUACAUCUGACCACAAACAACCUUAAAAUACUGCCAGACUCAAUAGGAAAUUUGAACAACUUGACGACACUGAAAGUGGAUGACAACCAGCUGAGAGCUCUGCCAACCACACUUGGAGGGUUGUCUGCGAUGUCGGAGCUCAAUGUUAGUGCUAAUGAUCUUCAGUCACUUCCUGCCAGCAUUGGGCUCCUGAGAAACCUGCGCACGUUCUACGCUGAUGAAAAUCUUCUCGAGUUCUUACCUGCUGAGCUGGGAAGCUGUUCUGGUAUCACAGUGAUGUCGUUGAGAAGUAACAAGCUGACUUACAUCCCCGACGAGAUUGGCCGCAUCCCCCGCCUGCGAGUUCUCAACCUCAGUGACAACCAGCUCCUCCAUCUCCCAUUCUCAUUCAUCAAACUCAAAGAGCUGCAGGCACUGUGGCUCACAGAAAACCAGACCCGACCUCUGAUUACACUUCAGUCAGAUAUUGAUCCAGAUAAUGGUAGAAAGAUUCUUACCUGUUACCUGUUGCCACAGGGCCCUCUACAAGAUAAUGGAGGAGGAGAAGGAGGGGACACCGACAGUUUCCACGCCUCUAUGUGGGACGAGGAGCGGGCGCGCAGACAACAGAUACAUUUCCAGUUCGGGGACGAUGUCGAUACAGACGGACAGUUGGUGAGGUGUCCCACACCUUAUCCUAAAGAGAUGCGGCAGAAAGCCAGACAUGUGCGCAAUUUGGCACUCAGGCAAACCGACGAACACUUACCAUGCGAUCAGGGAGAAGAGAAUUUUGGUUAUGAGUCUGAGGGUUAUCGUCAUGGUGACAGCUCACCCGAUGUGAGAAUGAGAGAAGCCCAUAUUAUGAAAUCAUCACCAUCUCUGCAGGAAACCCACAAGCUGUUUCGGUUUGAUAAGGAGAAGCUGAUAAAAGACAAAGCUCGUAUGCAGCAGCAUCGGCGUUCCCAGGAAUUCGAUGAUGAGACAGCCAAACUCCUGUCUCCAAGAUCAAAGAAGGACAAUCAUCGACAAGCAUCUCAAAAGGAUGAAGAUGAUGGUGGUUUUUCAAUCCGGGAGAGUAACCGAGCAAGUCACGGAUCCACUCCGAACAUCUCUAAUCAAUCGACCUCACAGUCUGAUCAGACUGAGGUGUGCAGGGCUUCCAAGAUUACCUACAUCACCGAUUCCGACUAUGCACACUUGCCUCAUUACGGUCAACACUCCCGCGGGAGGCAUUUGCGCAGACUGAGGGACUACGAUUCUGAUACCGGCUACCGCAGUGAUCCAGAGGUGGUGAAAUUUCAUCAGAGAUUUCUCAACGAUCAGAGAAACCAUGUGAACACCCUCUCCCAUCCUUCCAACUCUGGCCACACUAGAAUUAGAGAAGGUGGAUAUUCCAGUGAUCUGGAGACGUACUCUGGGAAAACCCGGGCAGCAGCUUAUCGCAUUCCCUCCCUUGCGCAACAAAUAGCGUCCAACAGUUUGCCAUACGAUCUUCAUAAUGAGAUACAAAAGACAGUCUCGGACAGUGCGGCAGUGCCACAUUCAAGAAGAAUCCUCAUGAACAAUGGUGAUCUGUGUAACCAGGGUGACGAUAAAAACAGUGCUAAGACAACCACAACAACAACGCCGCUGCUGAUGCCGUUAGACAGCCCCUCACCUAGUCUCUUCCACAGGGGUAGGUUCAUCGACCAGAGCACCCCCGUGACCCUGGAACCGCCCCAGAGCUUCCCACCGUCCCAGAGCUUCCUUCCUCAGGACAGGCAGUCUGUUUCGUCUGCGACGGACGACCUGGAUUACCAGCGUGAAUUCCGCCAUGAUCUGUACACCGUGCUGGAGGAGAGGAUGCACAAACAGGCAGAAGCCAAACAGAUGGAAAGAGAACGUCAAGCAAGUUCCCAACAAACGAAGCUUCCACCUUACAUCCCCGCUCCUCCGUACAGACACACGCCCGAACGGACACCUUCAUGUUCCUCGGGUGACCACUCCCACGCAAACUCCCCACGCAACGUCAAUACCUCUCCACGGACCUUUUCCGAUUCGCCACGCGAGAAAUUAGUGAACGGCGAUCCAGCUAACAGCAGUGGUUCCAAAUCAGUGCGAGACUAUGAGACAUGGACUCUUAAUAGAUCUCAGUCUCAGUCUCAACAGAGUCCUUGUCCAGGGUGGAGACAGGCACAGAACUACAGUGCUGAUCCUAGCAUGUUCAGGAGUCCACAGAAACAUCAUGGUGCUUCAUGUCCUGGAAACCCGUCCAGUCAGGGUAGUAGGUAUGAGAGGGACAGGUCAAACUCAAGGACUAAGGAAGAUGAGUCUGACUCAUCUGUGUAUGUGUCUAUCAAGUCCGGUGCAUGUGGUGAUGCUAAUAACUCCAGUUACAGUUCCGAUCAAGAGAGAAGAAGCCAGACUUUUUCUCGGACUAACUGUUCAAACUAUGAUCCCAACAGGACGUAUGAUUCGCUAAGGGAACACGGCAUGCAUGAAGAACAAUCAAAUCUGAGGACUUUCGGGACUCCACAGUCAAAGAGUUCAGACAGUCGUCUGCGUGAAAGACCUCGGUCGACGGGUUACGAAUCUCAGGCGGGCGGGUAUGACCCUCACUCGCACGUUGACCCCGGUGAGUCGGCGUACCCAGUUAUGACGCGGUAUGAGGAUGUGGAGAUGUUCAAGAGUGACCCCCCCUCCCAGGUGUCCAGCUCCACUGACAGCGGGUACGGUCACAGUCACCACCUGUACGAGAAACUCGGAAACUACUCGCACAGAACAGAUCAGCACAGCAGUUCCCGACAGUCAUCGUCACCAUCCACUCAUCCCUACUCCAUGUCCCGCUGUAACAGUUCGUCUUCACGCGAAAUCCAGGUGUCUGGCUCUUCAAGGGAGGGAACGCCCAUCAAAGAAGAAAGUGAAACGUCAUACUGUCAAGAAUCAAGAGAUUUGAUUCGAAUCUGCAUUAAAAAGAAUCCAGGUCUUGGUUUUAGUAUUGGUGGUGGUUGUGGUUCCUAUGGCAAUCCAUACCGUAAAGGUGAUGUGGGUAUCUUUGUGACGAAGAUCCAACCCAAUGUCCUGCAUUUCAUGCAGAUCAUAACUUUGUGA